AUGUUCAUCCACUGGUGUUCUUUCGAUGCAUCUAUCUUGCCGAGCGUUCGCCUACUUCUUGUGCUUGACAUAGAUUUGAUUUUUUUUUCUCUAUUUUCUUCUCUUCUAUGUAAAUACUUUAUUCCAAUUUUUGUAUUACAUCUCUCAAUAUCUCUUUCCAUCAAGCAAUUCUCUUUCUCCCUCUUUAUCUGUCUCUUUCUCUCCCUAAUCCAGGCAAUUAUCUUUUUUUCUCUUUUAACCAAACAAUUCUCUUCUUCCUUUUCUUCACUCACUCUCUCUCUCUCUCUCUCUCUCUCUCUCUCGCUCUCUUCUCUUUCUCUCUCUUCUCCAGAAUCUUUGUUUAUUUCUCUUUUGAUCAAACAAUUCUCUUCUUUUUUUUCUUUUCUCUUUUUUUCUCUCUUUUUAUCUAUUCAAGUAAUUCCUUGUUUCUUUCCUUUUGGACCAAACGAUCCUCUUUUCUCUCUCCUUGUCUUUAUAUCUCUCUAUAACACACUCUCUCUUUUUCAGCAAAACAAUUUUUUUCUGCAUUUCCCUUUUUGGGGCCUCCUCUCGAUCUCCCGUUUUCGACCAGAAAAGCUUCUUUCUCUCUCUCUUUCUCUCUCUCUCUCUCUCUCUCUCUUUCUUUCUUUCGGCCAAGCAACCCUCUUUCUCACGUUGAGCAGACCUCUCUCUCUUUCUCUUUCUCCCACUCUCUGCUGA